AUGGCAUUGAACUCACAAAGUAGUAAUAAAGAUGUUGAUACAGUUAGAAAUCUAGAAAGUAGUAGCAGUUUCGAUGAAUUUGAAAACGAAUUUUUGAUGAAUGAUAGUAAUGGCGAUGACUCAAAUGAAAUACUUAGUGAUGAUGAAUUUGCAACCAAAAAAACAAAACAGGAAUCUCCUGUUUCGUUAAAAUCUUCAAAAAAUUCGAAAGAAAAAGAAUUAAAAUCGAGUAAAAAUCAAUCAUUUCAAGCUAAUACUCCUCCAGAAUCUGCACGCAAGAAACUUUCCUUUGUUAACAUUGACUUUGAAGAGCCAAAAGAGUCUCCAAUCACAGAAACUAAAGAAAUUUCAGCUAAAAAAACUACAAAAACUAAUAAAACUCCUUCGAAACAUAGUCAAAUCCCCUCUUGCUACAAUAGACCUCCUUCAUCUCGUAGACAUAUUGAAGAAGAUCAAAAUCAGAAGGUAAAUGCAACGAAACGACCAUCAAACAUAGCAAAAACAAAGAACAUAAGAUCGGAUUUACAAACACGUAAUAUCCAUCAAAAUGAUGUUAAAUCGAAUAUUACCAAAAAGACACCUAAUAAUGAUGACAAUCCAGCUAAUGAAAUUAAAAAGCGUAUCAGUGCUCUUAAAAAUCUUUCUAUUAAAUCUGAUAACAAAGAAGAAUCUUCUCCAACAACUGCAAGAAUAGCAAACUCUAACUUAAAGAAAGAAUAUACGCCAAUAUCAGCUCGAAAACAACCUGAAAUAAAGAGAGAUCAGCUUGAAAUCAAGAAAUUACCGAUAUCCCAAAUGAAAUCAAAUGAUAAACAAAAAAAUGAAGUAAGUCCAACAACUGCUAGACCGAAAACUGUAUCAACUGCAAGACAGAUUAAAGAUCAUCCUGUUUCACAACUUAAAAGAGACAAAGUCCCUGUUACUAAAAAUAAAAUUGAAUCGAAUGUUCCUUCUACUUCAAGAGUUCCUUCAAAACAAGUGCCUCAGAAGACUGAAAAGAGGCCUCCACAAACAGCAAGAAAUGAAAGGCCAAAACCAAUCAUAUCUGUGUUAGAUGAAUCAAUAAUGCUCAGAAAGCAAUGCGCUAAAGAUUUCUGUGAUGAUUUAGAUGAAGUAGAUGCAGAAUUAGAUGAUCCACGUAAAACUGGAAUAGAUUGGCUCGAUGAUAUGGCAGAGAACGAAGAAAAAUUAAUGUUGAAUUUUGAUGCAGAAAGAGCUCAAGAAGAUUCGAUGCUUAAUUUAUAUGAAGCAGGCGCUUCUAAAGCUGCUCAGAACAUUAAUCCUAAUGAUGAUCCUUUCGAUAAUAUUAUGAAAAUGAUGAAUGCUGGUUUUGAUGCAAUUCAUCAGCAAAGUAUGCGUGAUAAAGAGCUUCUUGAUGAAAGAAUUAUGCUCAUUCAAAAGAUUCAAGAGCAGCUUAAAGCUGAACCUCCAAUUGACGUUUCCGAUUGA